AUGCCAGCCAGAGACAUCAAAAUGGCUUUGCCUAGAAGCCAAAGCCAUUGGUCCAAUGCAGACGUCUUGAGGUUACUGGAAUGCAUGGAGAAUAAUCUCCCAUCUGAUGACAACGUCACGUUCAGCUCAACUCAGUCACACAUGGACUGGGGAAAAGUAGCUUUUAAAAACUUUUCUGGUGAAAUGUGCAGACUCAAAUGGUUAGAGAUUUCUUGCAGCUUGAGAAAAUUCAGCACUUUGAAAGAAUUAGUCCUGGAAGCUAAGAAAUGUGUUAAAAAUACAAACGAAAGCCAAAAAGGCAGGAACCAUCCAGACUUUCCAAAGAGGCCCCUUACUGCUUAUAUCCGCUUCUUCAAGGAGAAUUGGCCCCAGUACUCCCAAAUGUACCCUGGGAUGAGAAGCCAGGAACUGACCAAAAUCCUGUCAGAGAAAUACAAGGAGCUCCCAGAGCAGAUGAAACAGAAAUAUAUUCAGGAUUUCCAGAAGGAAAAGCAAGAAUUUGAGGAAAAACUUGCUCAAUUCAGGGAAGAACACCCUGACUUAGACCAGAAGGGCAAGAAAUCUGAUAUCUCCAAGAGGGUUCAAACCAAAGUGCAAAAGAAGGUUCAGAAAAAUAUUGAAGAAGUGAGGUCUCUUCCAAAAACAGAUCCAUUUUUCAAGAUGGUAAAAUUUCAUGGAGAGCCUCAGAAACCCCCCAUGAAUGGAUACCACAAGUUUCACCAAGAUUCCUGGUCAAGUAAGGAGCUGCAACAUUUGUCCCUGAGGGAGCGCAUGGUAGAGAUUGGCAGACGCUGGCAGCGCAUCCCGCAGAGCCAGAAGGAUCAUUAUAAGAGCCAGGCUGAGGAGCUGCAGAAGCAAUACAAAGUGAAAUUGGAUCUCUGGCUCAAGACUUUGUCACCUGAAGAUUAUGCUGCAUACAAAGAAUCGACCUAUGCUAAGGGUAAGAAUAUGGCGAUGACAGGAGGUCCGCAGUCCUCAUCAGCAAAGGGUCUGCAAGAAGGGUUUGGGGAGGGGCAGGGGCUCCAGGCUGCAGGAGCAGAUGCAUCACAGACUAUUUGGGUAAACUGUCACAUCUCCAUGGAACCAGAAGAGAACAGGAAGAAAGAUGGCGAAGGGGAAGAAAGCAGUACCUCUUUAGACUGCAGUAGUGGAGAAGAAAUGGAAGUUGAUGUCUGA